AGGCAGAGUCGGCAAAAAUGUAUAGCCUCGCCCUUCGAGGUGGAAGACCUUCCAUCCCGCCGUACGGCCACCAGGUGGCGAGUGUUCAAUGCCCAUGUAGCCCAGAUGAACCGCUACGUCACCAAACAAGGCACAGACACGGAAUCAUCCAGCCAAGCAAGCCCGGAGGAGACGGAUUCAUCGUCCUCCCACUCAUCGGCCCGGUCGUUAGACGAGCAUUUUUCGUCAGCCAGCGACUCACCAUCUAACGAGGAAUCGUCGUCUUCCCAUUCGCCCUCGGUUUCAAGCGACUCGGCAUCUAACGAAGAAUCGUCGUCUUCCCGUUCACCCUCUGUUUCAAGCGUUUCCGGACCGUCUCCACAGCGUUUGUCUCCGUCAUCUGAUUCGUCCUCGUCGUCUUCAUCGUUUCCCUCACGGAACAACGCGAGCCCGGAACCAAGAAGCUCGUUGGAUGGCCUCCAGUCGCCGUCGGCUUCCGGUAGGAGCGUCUCUGAAGCUGUCCCGCUUUCCCCAACGAUUCCACUCGGUCUCGGAGAUUUAUUUUGGGCGUACAUCCCAGGCUACCCACUAUGGCCAGCACUCAUCACCCAAGACCCUGUCUCCUCCGUACACACCAAAACGAAGUCCGUCGGAAGAACCAAAAUUCGGUUUUUCCAUGUUGAGUUCUACGCGGACAACGGAGCACGGAGUUGGCUGUCGGCCAAAAUGUUGUUCCAUUUCAGCGGGGGUGUAGAAGAACUACUGGCAGGAAACGGCGAAUUCUGCAAGCACGUCCAAACUAAGAGCAAGGUCUUUAAAUCUCUCCAUCAAGCAAACCGCACCCAAAGAAAAGACUGGCAGCUCGCUGUAGCAGAAGCCAGGAACGCCCUUCGCCUAGCGGCCCAGCAACGAAUAAUUUCGCUCAGGUCCUCUUAAGUCACUUUGCCCCAUCACCUACACCACCGCAUCCCCACUGACUUUCCCUUCUACACCAAUCAACGCCACUCUGGUGUAACUGAAAUAAGCGGGGCCCUGCCUAUAUGUUGUGUUCCCUAAAUGUUAUAUUCUUUGUUGUACGUGCCUCUCUAUCUUUUAUGUUCAACGUAAUACUUAUGGAUAACGUUUUGUGCGUGAUAUGCUGUCUCUACUCCUCCCCCAGUUUCCCCAACGAAGUUUGCAAAGUAAUUAUCAGUUCUACCUUUUGUGUACGACAAAAUGAUUUGGGAAAGUAAGGUUAGGGCGUAAAAUCUUUAGUCAUUAUUAGCUAAACCCGGCGCUCUCCUUAUAUUUCUGGUUGAUGUCUGGAUUCCCACCUUGGAUUGGGUCUGUACCCAUUGUUUCGUAUUUUGUCUGAAUUUAUGUCUUGUGUUUAUGGCCCUUAAUCAAAUUGCUAGUCGAAGUUGGCUGCAUGCACCUAAACGGUGCUCUUCUUCCGGUCUGGCCGCGGGACGCUGGCCCAUCCGGGGGAGGGUGGGCAUGUUACGGGCGACUCCGAGAUGGCGCGCAAGCAGCCAGAGGAGCAGACGGACUCGCGUCGCCCGUGAUGGGGGCAGUUGGAUCUGGAAGGGGACGAGGACACAUCUUUUUUGGCUGCAAUAAACGGCUUGUCUUGUCUCUAAAUAUAAUUGCAUUUAACGAGCAUUCGCUCGUUACAGUAAUAGGUGCAUCCUUAUCGAUCUUUGAUACGAACCAAGCAUU